AUGAAUUUAACACAAUGUAUAUUAUUUUUCCUCUUCUACUCAAUACACGUUCUUACGCAGAGGACACCAGUCCAAGUCUGUGAUACUACUAAUUCGAACAACUCAUUUAUUUACUGUUAUGGACGUUUAUUGGAAGCUGUUAAUCAACAUCAACUGUUUAAUGAUUCAAAAACAUUUGUAGAUAUGCCAAUGGUGUUGAACCCAGAUGAAACUCAACGUUUGUUUGAUGAUCGAUUUGGAACAACACCUGUAGAGAAUAUUAACAAAACUGACUUGAAAGCUUUUGUAAACAAAUAUUUCUUACCUGCAGGAAGUGAAUUGCUCAACUGCACUCCACCAGAUUGGAAAGCUACUCCUUCUAUCUUAAUGAAAAUAAAUGAUCCUGAUCUCAGAGCGUGGGCGUCAGAAUUAAAUAAUAUUUGGCGAACAUUGUGUAAAAAGAUUGAUCCGCAAAUUGAAGAACACAGUUCACGAUAUUCUCUUAUCUAUGUUCCCAAUUUAUUUAUCGUGCCAGGUGGUAGAUUUAGAGAAUCCUACUAUUGGGAUGCUUAUUGGAUUAUAAAGGGCUUAUUGAUAUGCGAAAUGCAUGAAACAGCAAAAUCAAUGAUUGAAAAUUUUGCAACGCUUGUUGAAAGAUAUGGCUUUAUCCCCAAUGGUGGGCGAGUUUAUUACUUACAACGAUCUCAACCUCCACUCCUGUCUGGAAUGGUUUACGAAUACUUUGAGACUACGAACGAUUACGAGUUCAUUAGGAAAAUGAUACCUGUUCUAGAAAAAGAAAUGAGCUUCUGGAACAACAAUAGGAUGGUCAAUAUCACAAGAAAUGGAUUUACAUACUCUGUUUAUCAAUACAGAACAGCUAGUAAUGUCCCACGUCCAGAGUCAUACCAUGAAGACACUACUAAAUCAAAGAACCUACUUGAUCCUGAGCAAUUCUACACAGACGUAGCAUCAGCUGCUGAGUCUGGGAUGGACUUUUCGACCCGUUGGUUCGCUGAUAAAGCAUCUAUCUAUCACAUUGAAACAACAAAGGUGGUUCCCAUUGAUCUUAAUGCCUUCAUGUGUUGGAAUUUUGACAUACUGGAGUACUUAUCAGAAAAAAUAAACGAUUUUGAUACUGCUGAAAAGUAUAGAAAUAUGAGAGCAGAGUUCAGACAGGUUGUUGAUAGCAUCUUUUACAAUGAAACUGCCGGCACAUGGUAUGACUACAAUUUGCGAACAAAUAUGCACAAUACUGAAUUUUACCCAACCAUGACGGUACCUCUCUUUACUGGAUGUUAUAACACAUUGGAUCAAGGAAAGUCUGAAAGACUUUAUAAGCUUAUGAAGAAUAUGGGAGUUUUUGAUUAUCAAUCAGGUAUUCCGACAUCAAUGAUCCAAGGGAGCAAUGAACAAUGGGACUUCCCUAAUGGCUGGAGUCCUCUUAAUCAUAUGGUUAUCGAGGGGUUAAGAAAAAGUCAAAAUCCUCAGAUGCAGGACCAAGGUUUUCUCUUGGCUAGAAAAUGGGUUCUAGGAAAUUAUAACGUAUGGCGGGAAACUAAGCAUAUGUACGAGAAAUAUAAUGUUAUUGGAACAUAUCCUAAGCCUGGUUCAGGAGGAGAAUACGAUGUUCAAGAUGGAUUUGGAUGGACAAACGGUGUUGUAUUAGAUUUACUGUCUACAUACGCUGAUCGUCUUCACGUAGAUUCUGAUACAUCUUCUACUGAAGCUAACAUAAUCCAUCGAACUACUCGUUCGGUUAAGAAGCACGAUGGGAAAAGCGCACAUCAGUCUACCUUAUCAUUCCUGGCGCUUUUUUUAUUAUUUUUAUCCCUUUUCUAA